AUGGCCAGCCUCGUCCUCCCGAAGGGAUUCACGUACGUCGUCGCGUCGACGUUCUCGCCCGUCUGGCUCCUGCUCUGGCAGAGCAUCGCCGUCGGCCGCGCCCGCCGCGCAGCCGGCAUCAAGUACCCCCAGCUGUACGCCGAAAAGGCGGAGGCGGACGCGUCCCGGCAGGCGAUGGUGUUCAACUGCGUGCAGCGCGCUCACCAGAACACCCUCGAGUACCUCCCCGUCGCGCUCAUCGGCACCCUCGUGACGGGCCUGCGCCGCCCCCUCCUCGCCGCGUCCCUCAUGGGCGCCUGGACGCUCGGCCGCGUGCUCUACACCCUCGGCUACGCCUCCGGCGACCCCGAAAAGCGCACCCAGCGCGGCGGCUCGCUCGGCUCGCUCGCGAUGCUCGCGUUGGUCCUCACGGGCACGUGGACCGUCGGCGAGUUCGUCUGGGCGGAGAUGCAAUAA